GGCGCUCUGAGUCUGAGUCGAGCUCUGAGUUCUAGAUCUGUGUUUUCAUGACAAUGUUGUCUGUUGCUGCUUCUGCAUUAGAAAACAAGCUUGGCACAAAGACAGAGUCAGUGUCUUCUGGAGUCUUGCCUUCACCAGUUACCACGAACCAUGACGAGUGUCAAUAUUUGGAUCUCUGUAGGAGAAUACUAGAAACAGGAAAGGUGAAGGAAGACAGGACAGGAGUAGGCACUAAGAGUAUAUUUGGAGCUCAAAUGAGGUUUGAUUUGCGUGACCAGUUCCCACUGCUAACUACAAAGAGAGUGUUCUGGAGAGGUGUGGCUGAGGAGCUCCUUUGGUUCAUCUCGGGAUGCACUAAUGCCAAGAAACUGCAAGAAAAGAACAUCCAUAUUUGGGACGCUAAUGGAUCAAAAGACUUUCUUCACAAACAAGGACUUGGUCAUCGUGAAGAAGGUGAUCUAGGUCCUGUCUACGGGUUUCAAUGGCGCCACUUUGGAGCCCAAUACAGUGACAUGCAUUUUGAUUACGAUGGGCAAGGUGUAGAUCAAUUAGCUCAGGUCAUACACACGAUAAAGACCAACCCGUCUUGUCGCCGUAUCAUAAUGUCCGCAUGGAAUCCUGUGGAUAUACCUGAGAUGGCUCUGCCCCCGUGCCAUGCCUUUGUGCAGUUUUAUGUCAGUGAUGGUGAGCUCUCGUGUCAGUUGUAUCAAAGAUCAGGAGAUAUGGGUUUAGGGGUUCCUUUUAACAUAGCUAGCUAUUCUCUUCUUACAUACAUGAUUGCCCAUGUUUGUGAUUUAAAGCCUGGGGAUUUCGUUCAUACACUGGGCGAUGCUCACAUUUAUCUCAAUCACAUUGAGCCACUCAAGGAACAACUUACAAGAACACCACGAGCUUUCCCAACACUAACCAUAGACAGGGAAGUGAAGAACAUUGAUGAUUUUAAGUUUGAGGACUUCUCUUUGACUGGCUACAAGCCUUAUCCAAAAAUAUCCAUGGCAUUAGCAGUCUGAAACAUCACAGUCGUAUAUACUCGUGCAUGCAUUUUGGGUACAUUUUAUCUCUGAUGUUGAUUUGAUGGCAUCAUCAUAGUUAUUUGUUAUGACACUUAUUGUUAAUUAAUUUUUUUUGAACGAAUGAAAGACAACAUGUUAAGAAAACACAAA